GUGACGCAGGGCCGCAGCUGGCCUCGCUCAGGCCGCCGCCGCCGCUCUGUGGCGGAGUAGGAUGAGGCCCGCGGUCGCGGCUCGGGCGUCGGCGGGGGCAGCAGCAGCUGAAGCAGCAGCUGAGGCAGCCGCGACGGCCGCGCCCCCCCCUCCUGACCUGGAUUAGGGCCAGCAGCUCCCUGGCCGCCGCCGCCCCGCGGGGGGGCGGGGUGGGGAAGUCUCGUCUCCCCGCCCCCCCCCUCGCCGCCUCGCAGGAGGCAACAGUCGCGACCCCGGCGGAGCCGGCGGCCCAGCCUUGAGCCCCCCCACCCCGGGGGCCUGGCAUGAGCGGCUCCUCGGCGGCGCCGGGGGGCGGGGGAGCCGCCGCCGCCUGAGCCCGGCCUGCCUCCGACCCCACCUCGCUGAGCGCGGAGCGUGCGAACCACCCCGUCACCGCUUUCUCCCUCCCUCCCCCCCACACCCCAGCUCGUACACCCCGGCCCCGAAAGAUGGGGAACUGCCUCAAAUCCCCCACUUCGGAUGACAUCUCCCUGCUUCACGAGUCUCAGUCGGACCGGGCUAGCUUUGGCGAAGGGACGGAGCCGGAUCAGGAGCCGCCGCCGCCAUAUCAGGAACAAGUUCCAGUUCCAGUCUAUCAUCCAACACCUAGCCAGACUCGCCUAGCAACUCAGCUGACUGAAGAGGAACAAAUUAGGAUAGCUCAAAGAAUAGGCCUUAUACAACAUCUGCCUAAAGGAGUUUAUGAUCCUGGAAGAGAUGGGUCAGAAAAAAAGAUCCGGGAGUGUGUGAUCUGUAUGAUGGACUUUGUUUAUGGGGACCCAAUUCGAUUCCUGCCGUGCAUGCACAUCUAUCACCUGGACUGUAUAGAUGACUGGUUGAUGAGAUCCUUCACCUGCCCCUCCUGCAUGGAGCCAGUUGAUGCAGCACUGCUUUCAUCCUACGAGACUAACUGAGCCAGGGUCUCUCGUCUGACUUCAAGUGAACCAUCAUUUUUGGUGGUUUUGAUCUUUUGUCACUGAGCCCAAAGAGCCAGGAAUUAGGAAUUAAGAUCAUGCACAAAAGUUUCCUUAAGAUUCCUGAAUGGCUGCAGAUGGUGGGGAAAAGUACGUGAUAUUUUAGAAACUUAGAGGGGAAAGUAGGUUGGUAUUUUUAUGUAAAGCCUUGACCCAGUGUUUAAAAAUAUAAUUGUAUUUAGAUCUUGUUAUUGCUCCAGUACAUAGGAAUUGUGUAAAGUGUCACAGCAGCUGUAUAUGUUUAAAUUGUGUGUGUUGAAGAUUAGGAAAAAGAUAGUGGUUGUUUUUCCUAAGUGAAAUAACUUUCUUUCCCCACCCCACCCCCAAAUCCACCCAAAUUCUUUUCUGAAGUUGCUGGCAUUUGGGUCAAGGUUUUAUUAAAAGCUACAUUUUAUAACACUGGCACAAAAAAAAAAAAGUAGUUUUAAGCUUGUUUGCACAGUUCUUUUUUCCAUUGGAAAUGGAAUUCAUUGCCUUAGGUCUUUUUAAAUAGUGUACUAUUAUUGUUGGGGCUGGCUCUAUGCUUGAAAACCAGUUUAUUUAUAACCUGUUACAAGUGCUAUAUCUGUUUGCAGUUAGGAAAUGCGGAAUUCAAAGUGAUCUCCUAGCUUGUGAGCAAACUGAGAUGCACUAUCCCUUUUCUAUAUAAAAUGAGCUAAUGUGUCAAGAAGUCAAUUCUAGUAAAGAGGGUUUAAAAUACCCUUUCCUGUGUGUUUUAUCUGAUUGUUUUGGUUGUUAAUAAGGUGAUAAUUAAAGUCGAAGUAAAUUUUAAAUAAUAAGUUUUUGAUUUACUUAGUUUGAAUUAUGCCACUUGCAUAUGUAAGAGUGAAAGUGGCACCAUGGAAAAACUGAGAAAAGUUUCUCAGUUUUGCUUUUUUUUUUUUUUUUUUUUGAACCAGUGACCUCUCCCUCCCUAUUGUCUUGAACCAUAGCAAAAGGAUACUGCAUCUCACAUUAUUGUAGUGCUGAGGUUAUUGAAGUUAUAUAAAACACAUCUCAGUCUGUUUCUCGGAAAAGAAAGUCCUGCUAGCUGACUGAGAAGUCUAAGCAGAGAGAAUUAAAAUAAAUGUAUUUCAUAUUUUGCACACAGACACAGAAUUUGUAUAACCACGUGAAUUCAUAGUUGUGAUCUCAAAGAAGGAAUUUCUCCGUUAUUAUUAUUUUGCAUUUAUUGAAACACUCUAAUCUCUAAGCUUCUGAGGUAUUAGAGGUAGAGCUGGUCUAGUAAAGAUGUAGUUGUUAUAUUUUACCCACUUAGCAUGUUUUUUUUGUCCUCCUUAAAGAUGACUUAUUUGUUAAAGUCUGAUAUUAUAGCUAAAACUCAUUCAUUAGCAAAAGGAGAAGCAGUCUCAACCUAACAAAUCAGAAAUGUUUAUUAUUUUGUAUUGAGUUCAAUAUUUGACUGUAACACUUUUCUACAUACAAAACACAAGUAUCUUGAAGGUUCUUUGUAAAUUGCAUUAUAGAGGAAUUUAGUAUGUCAUAAGUACUUAAAGAUUUGACUAGUAUCCAUAUGUUGGUUAAUUUUCUUAUGUGCCCCAUGAUGGAAAGACUUAUGAUGAAUUUGAGAAAAACUAAAAGUAAUUAGAUUAUCAAGUUCUGUCAAAUUGUUACAUGUAUCUUGCUUAAGUUUUUGUUCAUUAAUUUAUAUCCACCCAAUUACAUAAAGCAAAUUUGGAGAAAACA